CUGUCCACAUUUUGUAUGACAAGAGAUCUGGGUGGGAAAAUGAGUGUCUGGCUAUUGAUUCAUGCCAAUCGUACGAUCAAGCAUGGCGAGUGAACGGGGAUCUGGGGACCUGAAUAAAGGAACCAAAUCUCGACAAGUUUCGGGACUGGCAACGGCCUAUUUGGUGAUCUACAAUGUCGUCUUGUGUGCAGGAUGGACUGCUGUUGGUGUCAUGGGGGUCCGCCAUUACUUGCAAACCAAGUCACAUAUUGGUAUCUACGACACGGUGGAGAUUCCUCUGAAGGUGUUCCAGACUGGAGCUAUCCUGGAGGUAUUCCACUGUGCUAUUGGGAUUGUGCCUUCCUCUGUGGUGCUCACAGCAUUCCAGGUGUUCUCCAGGGUGAUGUUGCUUUGGCCAAUCACGCAUGCUAUACCACAGGUUCAAAACGAAAUCAGUGUACCGCUCUACAUUGCUGCAUGGACAGUGACAGAAGUCAUGCGAUAUGCCUUCUAUACAUUGGGACUUUUGAAUCGUCUGCCUUAUGUCCUGACGUGGUGCCGAUACACGUUGUUCAUAGUUCUGUACCCUCUUGGAGUUACGGGCGAGCUUCUGACGAUCUACGCAGCCCUCCCCCAUGUCAAGGAGAGUGGUCUGUUCUCUGUCACGCUACCAAAUGACCUCAACAUCUCAUUUGAUUACUAUAGCUUUCUCAUAGUCCUCAUGCUGCUGUACAUACCAAUUUUCCCUCGUCUCUACUCGCACAUGAUUCGCCAACGUAAGAAGGUCAUCGGGGGAGUCUCAUCCAAGAAGAUCGACUGAGUCCUUCAAAACCCCAAUGAUUUUUUCCCUUUGGAAAAGACAUUUUAUAUGUUUUUAGUAUACAUUUGGUUGACAGAGUUCCAAACCUGGUAAAAUGGGAUUGAAUUAAACCUUCAUUGGCUACAUCACUCAAUUACUCACUGUAUUGCAUGAACAGUGCUACAGUGGUGGGCAACCCCAUAAUUCAGGGAAUGGUACGUAUAAGUUAAUCUUCUGAGAAAAGUAAAUGAUUUCCCUCCGAAUCAAUCCAUGUAAAGUCCUUGCCGAUGCGGUAUGCCUCUGUCCAUGCCCUUUGUGUGGACUGUAUUAGCAUUUAUCCUAAGAGUGGCAAAACACUUUACACCAAAGAAUUUGUGGGUUUUUAUUAUUAUUUUGUGUUGAAGUGAAGACUUAUAUUUGGAUGGAAUUGUAUGGAUGGGGACGAUUUCAUGCCAUCAGUUGCGGCCUUGAAAGUUAAAAAAAAAUUCAUUCAAUGAAAUUGAAGGAUUGUUGGGAAUAUGGAUUUGUCACUAAUGUUGGCUCGGUUUUACAUGAACUAUGAAGUACAGAACAGUUUGCACUUAUUCUCUGACUUCAGAUCAACACAUCAUGAUUGAUGAAAUAUUGAUUCAGUGUCAUAAUGUUACAGGGUGACAUGUGUCUAAAAACAGCUCGUAAAACUGAUAUUGAACGAUGUUGCUUUUUAACUGAAUGGAACUAUUUCUUUCUUCAGUACUGAGGUGGUUGUGAUUUCUAACAUGUUUUUACAAAAAAAUGUUAUCAGGAAAACUUCCAACAUUGUUAAUUUGUAAUCUGCAUGAAAUUAUUCAGAUUUUCAUUGUUUUUUCACCGUAGUUUUUAGAACAUUUAAUGGGAUCUACCUGGUAGCUCUUGACAGUGUGCUGUAGAAUGAAAGUUGCUGGACAUUACUUUUAUUUCAAAUUACUAGCUUCGUGCUUAACAAAAUCUCUCUGUUUCUGUGUGCAGUAGAGUAGUACACUUGCAGUGAACUUUUUCAAAUGCAUUACUCCGUGUGACCGAAAGUACAAUAUAUUUUGGAAGUCAGUGGAUUAAAACUGUUGAACUGUGCCAUAUUUAAGAGCAAGUAAUUAAACUUGAGCUUUUUGACUUCAGACUCGAUUUAAAAGCAGUGUAUCUGAAUUAUAUGUACUUAAGUCUCCUCAAAUGAAGCACUUAAAUCAACUUUGAGUACCUGUAAUACCGAUUGCCACAAAUUGCCUUGAAUAAUAAGAGUGAUUAAACAAUACCAAUUUUUUUUCCACUCAGGAGCAACGGCAUUGUCACUGACAGAGACAUGUGCCGAGUGUUGAUCCUGAUGUGUAGUCGGUAUUCUUGUUCCCAAAUUGUGAAACAAUUUGAUGUGAUGCUGCUUUGUUGUAAUUUUAAUGAAUUAAAAUUCAUUGCACUGGAGCAGAAGAAAUAAACCAAAACCACGUUCUUCA